GGUUUUUGGGGCUCGGCUCGGGUCGGGUCUGACCAGUAGACCUGCUCGCUUUCCUAUGCGAUGCGACCACACUUCAUCUGUCUGUGUCGCCAGAAAUCGGCAAGCAAUGUAUUCUGCCGGCGCCAAGGGACUUUGGGGGCAAAACACCCCGCACUCCGUCAUUACUUUUUUCGUCGCCGUCUCUUUUUUGUUUUUUCCCUCAAAGCAUCGUGGCCUCCAUGCAGCAUCCGAAAAUCAGAUGAAAGGAUAAUCUAUUCUGGAAAAAAAAGCAAAAAAAAAAAGCUUGUCAGAGGCCGCGCGACAACGCACUAGGGACAAAAAAAGAAACAGCCCACAACCUACACACGCGCAAUGCCAGGCCUCCGCAUCGUCCUCGGCGGCGACGACGCCGGCUUCGCCUACAAGUCGACCCUCGCCGCCGACCUGGACGCCGACCCGCGCGUGGCCUCCGUCGACGAUGUAGGCCCCCUCGCCGACUCGGACAAGACGGCCUACUCGACUUUUGCCAUCCGGGCCGCGGAAAAGGUGGCGUCGGGCGAGGCGGACCGCGCGCUCCUCAUCUGCGGGACCGGACUGGGCGUCGCAAUCGCCGCGAACAAGGUCCCCGGGGUCCGGGCCGUGACGGCGCACGACAGCUUCAGCGUCGAGAGGAGCGUGCUGAGCAACGAUGCGCAGGUGCUGUGCAUCGGGCAGAGGGUUAUCGGCAUCGAGUUGGCCAGGAGGUUGGUCAAGGAGUGGUUGGGGUACACGUUUGAUCCGAACUCUGCAUCAGCGGCCAAGGUCAAAAUCAUCAACGAUUACAACGCCGACAAGUCAAAGUAAAGUUGGAUAAUUGAUUAGCGCUCUGUGGCUGCUGCUAGCUUGGAUACCUAAUGUACUUACCUCCCUUAGUUGCCGUACUAAAUACCUAAUUUCAACUGCACAUGACCAUCUCGUUGGGGGCAGGCAUGAUUAGGCAUCGCACCGCUUGUGGACAUUCAAUUCAUAACACUCUAUUCUAUUCUCUAUAAACAGCACCCUACCAAG